CUAGAGUGACCUCACUCUCUAGCCAUCAGCGGCAUUCUGUGGAGGACAGUGCCGACCUGCUGCGGGUCUUAAAACUAGACAAAAAUCAGCUCUUACUGCAGAAAAACGUCAUCUUCUUCAGGAGUCAUUUUUGGAGGAACCCAUCCGGUGGCGUGGAUUUAGACGGAUAAUGGAAUACCGCGACUGCAACGAGGGGUUUUGUGGCAUGUGAUAUGGGGAUUGGCGUGCGUCAAGGAUGUGAUGCUAGAAUGAGAGAGAAAGAGGGCGUUCGUUAGUUUUCUAGCGUUUCCAGCUACAGCUAGCUAUCACUCUGUCUCGUUAGCUAGCUAACGUUAGCCAGUUAGCUAGGUAUUCGGAUCCUUUCUCAUACCUUAAUGUUGUGCAGAUUUUUAAUCGCAGCCUAUUUGGGUAGCCAUCUAUCCAACUAAUUCACUAGCAAGGGAGUUUAUACUAUUGUUUGCUAGUUAGCUGGCUGCCAACCAUACAAAAGCACCUCUUUCAGGCAGAGACAAUGACUUAAAACGCGUUGAACGUUUCACGAUUUUUAUUGUUUUGAAAAGCACGCUUAUAUUUUGAGCAUGGUCGUGGAGGGCAGCAGACACAUUGCGUACUGACUUACCUGUAAUGUUUAUUGGGAUGUUCUAGCGGAUCUGAGGAACAGCGAAGUGACUAGCUAGUCUGCCUACCUACUAUGAGGACCAACUCAGUUUUACCCUGGACUUUCUUAACUAGUAGGCAAACUUAAAGAGUUGAUUAUAACACUGCGUCCAACAGUUGCAAGGUGACGAAGAGGAUUUUUUUUUUUUGCUGAACAAUAAAAUAAACGGACAACCUGGAGAAAACCACCAACCACAACUCAAUGCCGCUUGUUGCAAGAUAGUGAUACCGUUGCACUGGUAGCUUUAUCUCGCUAGCUAGCUGAAUUCUACCUAAGCCCGACAGCAAGACAAACGAUGGCAAACGACUCGAUACAAAGCGACCCGGGCGGGCUGUCGGUGCUGGAGCAGCUGGGACUGGACCACAGCUCGGACUUCUCCGACACCAGCGUGCAGCAGCGGCUGGACGAGCAGCGCGAGCGCAUCCGCAGGGAGAUCCGCAAGGAGCUGAAGAUCAAGGAAGGGGCGGAGAACCUGCGGCGAGCCACCACCGACAAGCGCAACGCACAGCAGGUGGACAACCAGCUGCGCAGCUCCAACCGCCGGCUGGACAACCUGCACGCGCAGCUGCAGGAGCUCGACGCCCACAUCGUGGUCAAGGACCCCGAUGACAUCCGAGAGGACGCCCCGCAGUCGCCCGGGGUGGUCAGCCGCUCGUCGGCUCACCAAAACCGCAUCACGGCCCUGGAGCGCCAGCUCAACAUCGAGCUCAAGGUCAAGCAGGGGGCGGAGAACAUGAUCCCCAUUUACGCCAAUGGCUCCACCAAGGACAAGAAGCUGCUGCAGACAGCCCAGCAGAUGCUGCAGGACAGCAAAACCAAGAUCGACAUCAUCCGCAUGCAGAUCCGCAAGGCCAUGCAGGCCCACGAGCAGCACAGCGACGAGAUGCAGGGGAAGCCUGACCUGUGUGGGGUGGAGCUGCGGAUCGAGGAGCUGCGGCAUCACUACCGGGUGGAGCACGCCGUGGCCGAGGGCGCCAAGAAUGUGCUGCGGCUGCUGGGGGCCAGCAAGGUCCAGGACAAGAAGGCCAUGUCUGAGGCUCAGCGCCGUCUCAGCGAGUCGUCCCAGCGGUUGGACCUGCUGCGGGACUCCCUGGACCAGAGACUGGCCGAGCUGCCCGAGGACCACCCCAAGGCCUGUCUCAUCAAAGAGGAGCUGGUGCUGGCCUCCUCUCCAGCCUUCAGCUCCCGGCACGGUGCCCCCUACGUGCACAACCAGUACAGCACCGUCAGCAAGCCAUCCCCGCUCACUGGCACGCUGCAGGUGCAGCUGCUGGGCUGCGUGGGGGUGCUGGAGGUGGUGCCAGGGCGCAGCCGGGGCACCCCAACGGUGCUGCCCUGCUACAGCCCCGGGGAGGGCCGCUCCUUCAUGCGCACCGGCAAGGGCCUCUACAGCCGCAGCGGCAGCGUCAGCGGCAAGGCCCCCGGCAAGACCGACGAGCUGUCCUCGGAGGUGAGCGCGGUGCUGAAGCUGGACAACACUGUGGUGGGUCAGACUGCAUGGAGGACAGUCGGGGAGCAGGCCUGGGACCAGACCUUCACCCUGGAGCUGGAGAGGUCCAGGGAGAUGGAGAUCGCCGUGUACUGGAAGGACUACCGCUCCCUGUGUGCCCUCAAGUACCUGAAGCUGGAGGACUUCCUGGACAACCAGAAACACCGGGUGCAGCUGGAGCUGGAGCCUCAGGGGCUGCUGCUGGCUGAGGUGACGUUCUAUAACCCAACCAUAGAGAGGGUCCCGCGACUUCAAAGGCAGAAGAAGGUCUUCUCCAAGCAGCAUGGCAAAGCUUUCCUGCGGGCUCGGCAGAUGAACGUGGACAUCGCCACCUGGGUGCGGCUGCUUAGGAACGCCAUCCCCACUGUCAACAAUACGGGCACCUACAGCCCCAACGCUCACCCACACAACGCUGGGGAGAUCUCAAUGGAGAAGCUGAGUCUGGACAGUGACUCCCCACAAAGACCUGAGAACCGGAGAGACAGAGACACAGACACACACACCCCGGAGCGGUUGCCAGUGAUCGAGCCCUUCUCUCCCCCAGACCUCACCCCUGAGCGCCCCAACAGAACCCCCUCUCAGAGUUCGCAACACAGUAAACAGAAGAAGACCCCAUUGUGUCUGCAGGACUUCAGGCUGAUUGCAGUGCUGGGUCGAGGACAUUUCGGGAAGGUGCUGCUGUCAGAGUACAAGAAGACGGGCACCAUGUAUGCCAUCAAGGCUCUGAAGAAAGGGGACAUUAUUGCCCGGGAUGAAGUGGAGAGUCUGAUGUGCGAGAAGCGGAUCUUCGAGACAGUGAACAGCUCCCGCCACCCGUUCCUGGUCAACCUGUUUGCCUGCUUCCAGACCCCGGAGCAUGUGUGUUUUGUCAUGGAGUACACAGCAGGGGGCGACCUGAUGAUGCACAUCCACUCCGACGUGUUUACCGAGCCCCGGGCUGUGUUCUACUCAGCCUGUGUGGUUCUGGGGCUGCAGUUUCUUCACGACCAUAAGAUUGUGUACCGGGACCUUAAAUUGGACAAUCUGCUGUUGGACACAGAUGGCUAUGUAAAGAUUGCAGACUUUGGGCUGUGUAAAGAAGGGAUGGGGUAUGGAGACAGGACCAGCACGUUCUGUGGUACACCGGAGUUCUUGGCCCCAGAGGUGCUGACUGACACGUCUUACACAAGGGCUGUGGACUGGUGGGGCCUGGGAGUGCUGGUGUACGAGAUGCUGGUGGGAGAGUCCCCUUUCCCAGGUGACGAUGAGGAGGAAGUGUUCGACAGCAUUGUGAAUGACGAGGUCCGCUACCCCCGCUUCCUUUCCACCGAAGCCAUCGGCAUCAUGAGGCGGUUGUUAAGGAGGAACCCGGACAGGCGCCUCGGUUCAAGCGAGAAAGACGCAGAGGAUGUGAAGAAGCAGCCUUUCUUCAGGGGAGUGGACUGGGAGGCCCUUCUGCAGAGGAAGCUGCCCCCACCGUUUGUACCGAUGAUUGGGGGAAAAGAGGACGUCAGCAACUUCGACGAGGAGUUCACCGCUGAGCCCCCUGCCCUCACCCCACCCCGAGAGCCUCGAACCCUCUCCCGCAAGGACCAGGACAGCUUCAGAGACUUCGACUAUGUCUCAGAUCUUUGUUAGGGUCAUAAGAGGGUGGGGGAGGGCUCUGUGUUUCCGUCUGUCACAGGGAACUGAGGGGUUGCCUGGAGCUCUACACUGUGAUUGGAAGUCUGGGGAAGCGAGGGAGGGUCUGUCUUUGAUUUUUGACACUGUGAGUGAGAGAGCGCAUCUCUCUGGGAAGGGACUGAACGGGGGGGAGGUGUGAGAAGACUCGCCUUGUCUCUGUCUGUCUCUCUGUUUCUCCACUGUGACUGAGAGAGCAGCAUUUUAAGGACCUGUCUGUGUCUGUCUAUACUCAAGAGUCAGGGGGAAGGUGAGGGAAGGACAGUAAGAGGGGUUGACUUAGACUGUCAGUCUGUCCCUACACUGUGACCGAAAGAAGAAUCCCUCUGGGAGGUAGGUGGUAUGAUGGAGGGCAGUCUAUGCUGUGAAAGAGGGCGACAGAGAUGAGGAACACGGUUUCCAAAAGGAGAAAUAACCAAUUGAGGUGAAGGGGCCCUUGUCCCCACGUUGAACUUAGAAUGUCUGUUUUAGAGUAGUUCCCAAUUUUGCCUUCUCCUUCUCUCUCUGUACCUUCUUGCAGCCACUUGACCCUGUUUAGUUCCGCUUCUCCAAUAUACUUGUAUUACCUUCUUCAACCUCUCCUCCUCUCCCUUAGUGUAGUGCAGAGCCAAAGCUUCUUUUUGUACCCCCAUAUAGGCCACUGGGGAUCCUACAAGAAGGAAGAGACAGACCUGUCUUCAUACUGUGACAAAAAUAAAUUUUGGGAAGGGAGAACGAGUGUGGGAGGGUGUUAACACUGACUGAAGCCUUAAAUUUCCUGAAGCUCCUGAGUGAUAUGUUUUAUUUUGGAAAGAACUCAUGUUUUCAUGAGUAGUGGUUCUCAACCUGUGGUGCAGUGUGUGAAGGGGCAGCCCAUUUGGCAUGAUUCGGUGAAAAAAAUGGCUGCCUGGCAUAGCAUGGUUGGUCAGAAAAGGAAAGAUCAGUAAUUUUUGCAUUAUGAAGACAUAAACAACCUUGCAUGAAACGGUAGCUGCAUCCUUUCCUUUUUGUGCUACAAAAAAAGUAAAAAAAAAAA